AUGUCCAAUCCUUCCAUGCAGGCUGUAGACGCUCCUCACCACUGGCGAGUUGUUCUCUCUGUCUUUUCCUUCUCGCGCUCUCUUGCAUGUGCUCGGUUUAGUGUUUACCGAGCUGGACAGAGCUCUCUCCAGCGGCAGCGGACACUGCGGGGGAACAAGACCACUAUGGAUUGCUAAAACUCGGGCUUAUUUUUCAAUUUUCCGACCUUCUCUCUCGCCUUGUUUCCUCCUCCUCCAUGUCUCUCCACAGUUUUUAAAGGACGGAAAAUGAGGAUUAUUUACCUGCACUUUCUCGGGGUGUUUUCCGCCCUUUGGGGGCUAGCGACUGGGGCUUUCCCCAGCAGUGUUCAAAUAGGUGGUCUAUUUAUCAGGAACACAGAUCAGGAGUACACAGCAUUUCGACUGGCUAUCUUCCUGCACAACACCAGCCCCAAUGCCACGGAGGCUCCAUUCAACCUUGUACCCCAUGUCGACAACAUUGAGACAGCAAACAGCUUCGCCGUCACAAAUGCCUUCUGUUCGCAAUACUCGCGGGGUGUGUUUGCCAUCUUCGGCCUGUACGACAAGCGUUCGGUGCACACCCUGACGUCGUUCUGCAGCGCUCUGCACAUCUCCCUGGUCACACCCAGUUUCCCCACGGAGGGGGAGGGCCAGUUCACCCUGCAGCUCCGCCCCUCUAUCAGAGGAGCUCUGCUGUCCCUGCUGGACCACUACGACUGGAGCCGCUUUGUAUUCCUCUAUGACACAGACAGAGGUUACGCCAUCCUACAGGCAAUCAUGGAGCGAGCAGGUCAAAAUGGUUGGCAGGUGAGUGCCAUCUGCGUGGAGAGUUUCAACGAGGCAGCGUACCGUCGUCUGCUAGAGGACCUGGACCGCCGGCAGGAGAGGAAGUAUGUCAUCGACCUGGAGCCUGAGAGACUGCAGAGCAUUCUAGAACAGGCCGUUAGUGUGGGGAAACAUGUCAAAGGCUACCAUUACAUCUUAGCCAACCUGGGUUUUAAAGACAUAUCUCUAGAGAGAUUCAUGCAUGGUGGGGCUAACAUCACAGGCUUCCAGUUGGUUGACUUCAGUAAGCCAAUAGUUCUCAAGUUGAUGCAGCGCUGGAACAAACUGGACCAGAGAGAGUACCCAGGCUCUGACAUCCCACCCAAGUACACCUCGUCUCUGACGUAUGAUGGGGUUUUGGUGAUGGCCGAGGCCUUCAGGAACCUGCGUCGUCAGAAGAUAGACAUCUCCCGUAGAGGAAAUGCUGGAGACUGUCUGGCCAACCCAGCUGCUCCCUGGAACCAGGGCAUAGACAUGGAACGCACACUCAAACAGGUGCGUAUCCAGGGUCUAACAGGUAACAUCCAGUUUGACCACUACGGCCGCAGAGUCAACUACACCAUGGACGUGUUUGAACUGAAGAGCAACGGACCACAACGGAUUGGCUACUGGAACGACAUUGACAAACUGGUCCUGGUCCAGAAUGAGGUGCUGUUGUCCAAUGACAGCACAAACAUUGAGAACAGGACAGUCGUCGUGACAACUAUCAUGGAGGGUCCUUAUGUGAUGCUGAAGAAGAACUGGGAGAUGUUCGAGGGGAAUGACCAGUUCGAGGGCUACUGCGUGGACUUGGCCUCAGAGAUCGCCAAACACAUCGGCAUCAAGUACAAGAUCGCCAUCGUCCCUGACGGCAAGUAUGGAGCCAGAGACCCCGAGACCAAGAUCUGGAAUGGCAUGGUGGGAGAACUGGUCUAUGGGAAAGCAGAGAUAGCGGUCGCCCCUCUGACUAUAACCCUGGUCCGUGAGGAGGUGAUAGACUUCUCUAAGCCCUUCAUGUCCUUGGGGAUCUCCAUCAUGAUCAAGAAGCCCCAGAAGUCUAAACCUGGAGUGUUCUCCUUCCUGGACCCUCUGGCCUAUGAGAUCUGGAUGUGCAUUGUCUUCGCUUACAUAGGAGUCAGUGUGGUGCUGUUUCUGGUGAGUCGUUUCAGUCCAUAUGAGUGGCAUGCAGAGGAGCCAGAGGAAGGCUCUACAGAGCCAGGCCCCACUGACCAGCCACCCAAUGAGUUUGGCAUCUUCAAUUCACUCUGGUUCUCACUGGGGGCCUUCAUGCAGCAGGGCUGCGACAUCUCACCACGGUCUCUGUCAGGGCGUAUAGUGGGUGGUGUGUGGUGGUUCUUCACUCUCAUCAUCAUCUCGUCCUACACGGCCAACCUGGCUGCUUUCCUCACAGUGGAAAGGAUGGUGUCGCCCAUAGAGAGUGCUGAGGAUCUGGCCAAGCAGACGGAGAUCGCCUAUGGAACACUGGACUCAGGCUCCACCAAGGAGUUCUUCAGGAGGUCAAAGAUCGCUGUAUACGAGAAGAUGUGGUCCUAUAUGAAGUCUGCUGAGCCCUCUGUCUUCGCUAAGACCACAGCGGAGGGCGUGGCUCGCGUCCGCAAGUCCAAAGGGAAGUACGCUUUCCUCCUGGAGUCCACCAUGAAUGAGUACACGGAACAACGCAAGCCCUGCGACACCAUGAAGGUUGGAGGCAACCUGGACUCCAAGGGAUAUGGCAUUGCCACACCUAAAGGCUCACAGCUAAGAAAUGCGGUCAACCUGGCCGUGUUAAAACUCAACGAGCAGGGCCUGUUGGACAAAUUGAAAAAUAAGUGGUGGUACGACAAGGGAGAGUGUGGCAGCGGGGGAGGGGACUCCAAGGACAAGUCGUCCCAGGCCCUGAGCCUGAGCAACGUGGCUGGGGUGUUCUACAUCCUGGUGGGGGGUCUGGGCCUAGCCAUGCUGGUGGCCCUGGUCGAGUUCUGCUACAAGUCGCGCGCCGAGGCCAAGCGCAUGAAGCUGCCCUUCACAGAAGCCAUGCGGAACAAGGCUCGGCUGUCAAUCACGGGCAGUGUGGGUGAGAAUGGGCGUGUCUUAACCCCGGACUGCCCUAAGGCCGUCCAUGCUGGCCACUCCCUCAGACACCCAGGGCUUUCCCUACCCUCGGUCCUACCCUGAAAACCAAAAACACACACUGUGCCUUAACCACACACACACACACACACACACACGCACACACGCACACACGCACGCGGCUACAUCAUUACCACCCCGACACCACACAUACACACAGACCAGAGACCGCCAGCAAGUAACAGCAACUACAGGGAGAGAGGGGGGAGAAGUAUGACGAUCACCAUCACACUAAAAUCCUCAUAUGAGUGUAAACGUUGGGAGAUCCAUGAAACAAGGACAACAAGGUGCCAAACUGACAUUGUCAGCACACUAACGACACAGGAACCAAAAUAAACAAAAAGAUGGCGAUGUUGAUGACGAAGACUUUGGGCAGCGUCAUGAGUAGGCAGACAUGUGACUUUAUCUGCUCCGACGUGAUAGAAUGGGUCCUCUAACAAGCCACACCCCUAACCCCAUACCAGGAAACUAUGCUUUAGGACAAACACCACCAUCAUCAUAAUCUUCAUCAUCUUCACUUGCCUGCGAGGAAUUAGCGGCAGGAGAAUCUCUUAUAAGACCAGAAAACUGUAAACCUGAAAACAUUGGACUGUACAAACCUGCUCUUUCGCCGUGAACUGGUCAGACGAACAUGCUUUCUUACAACACUUUGGUUAGCGUCUCGCAAAAACAACGCAGAGAUCACUGAAGUUACCUUAAUAGACGACAACUCGAUGGAUAUCUCCAAACUCACACGGCUAACUCAACCGUAGGAUUCACAGGGGUUUGUAGAAAUAAACUACUGAAAUGAUCCAUAAAAUGACAGUAACGCUAAAUAACAAGUAGAUGUACCACUUCUCUGGGCGGGGAACAGAGGUAAAGCUGUACAUUCUGUGAAAAGUGAAGAAAACGUAUCAAAGUUCAUCUCAAAUGAGACAUUAUUCCCAAUAUAAGGCAUUAUUUUUUACCAGGGCCACAUUUAGCCAGCUAGGCCUCUGGUCUGAAGAAGUGACACAUAGCCAUGAUGUUUUUCAGUGGAAGGGGAGGUACUGUAUCAGAAGCUUGCUUUUUAAACUGUUGUAAAUAACUGCGUAGCAAAACUGAACUCACCUCUCUUUUUUAACCAUCUUAGGUAAUAAUUCAUUGCAAUAAUGAAUAUAACAAAAUGCCACUUGUAAUUAUGAAUACAUCUUUUUAUAAAUACAUAUUAUAUACAGUACAAAUGAAUAUAUAUCUAUACAUCUACAGAGAGCUAUAGAACAUUAGAUUAUCACCAUUGAGUGAGGCCAUGACAUGUUCUGUUAAAGGGUGUUUUGAUAAUGAUAAUGAUUCAUUUCCACAGUCUUUAUGUGUCCUAAUCCACACUGAAUGUCAAUCUGACACUCACAAACACACAAACACACAUCAUCAAUUACACAGGGUCAACUCUCGCAGAGUGAUCUUCAGCACCACACAAGAUGUUCCUUUUUUUCCAGUUGUUUGUUCCCCAUUUUGUUUUAUUUUGUUGUUUUGUCCAUCAUUUUGAGAACAUAGCCUCUGUACGUACAAUAGUCCCAGGUCUUCUUUGUGUUUAAUCCUCUAGCCAUGUUCUUUUGUCUGACCGUCUUCUGUUUUAAAGGCUAUUACAGCAGUCUGGAGAGGCCAAGAGGAAAGGGAGAAAGAAAAAUAACAAAGAAAUGAAGUACCAGAAAGAGUUCUAACUGAAUGGUGGAGUUUGGUGGCAUUGACAGCAGUUGCAGGGGUAGUAUUGCCUUGGCCCUGGAAUUUUGACCACUCUGUAUCUCCUCCUCUUCUCUCCUCUCACUGAGAGGGUCACUGAACAGAGUCCCCUUGACCUAACCCCUGACAUUAAACCUUUGACCUUCUCUAGCUUUGACCUUUCGACUCUUAUAGGCACUGACAAGACCAGUCAGCCUUUAAACUCUCACUCUGAUCCCUAGUCUUAUUCUCUCUCCCUCUCCUAACCCUCUAGAGUUUACAAGACAUUUAGAUUAUUUAAUUUUUAUAUUUUUCAAUCUCCCACCAGAUGAACUAAAACCCAGACAGGCAAUCCUGUCUGUGUAUUGUUGAAGCAGACAGGUUGACUGCUGGCUGGUUACUAACCACUUCAGUUUUUUCUGGGUUUAACACAAUCUUUCUUUGUAUUUGGUUACGUUUUUUAGUAAAAAAUCAACCCCU